GUGUGGACAUGGUUCUACAUCGUCUCUCAGGGCGUCUGGGUCAUUGUCUUGAUCUGGAGUAUGAUCCAGUGCAGUAAGCUGAAGGUCGGAAAGGACGACGAUGAACCGGAGUUCAGCACUGCCACUUGGUUCUCGAUGUUGUUCGACGGCAGCGUCGGCACAGGCCUGUUCUACUACGCAGUCCUCUCCACGGUCGAGGGCUACGGCAACGUGGACGAGGACGCGACGCACGCGCUGAUGGUGAGCGUCUUCCACUGGGGCGUUCAUGGCUGGAUCCCGUACGUGGUGAUGGGGGCUACGCUUGGCAUCAUGGCUUAUCGGCGUGGAUAG